CGGAACUAAUGUAUCACUUCUGGUUUUCUGCCGGUUAAUAAAACUGGUGCACUGGCGGUUUGCUUCAAAACAUUAUGGCGUCGAGAAGAACAUCAACAGCGCCAAGUAGUUUUAAAAGUGCCUCCACCGACACUAAAAGCUCUAAAAGUGGGAGCAAUGCUAUUAAAGCCACCGCCUGUGGAACUGGGACGAAAAGUGUUAAAACAAGUGGGACGACUGUCAAGUCUCGAUAUUUGCAGUCUGCAGAGAAGUCAUCUCUUUCAAAGAGUAACUCACUGACCAAUGACUCCAUUGCUGUGCCGCUGAGGCCUUCCUCACCUAAACCCGGUGGUGUCAAACCACCAAGACGCUCAAUGGCCCAACAGCCUCUAGCAACAUCGACGAUGUCAUGUGAAACUGAGCCUUCAUUGCUUGGGAGAAGUAUUCUGCAGUCCACUUUCUCAGAUGGACACUGCUUUCUACCAAAUUUUGAUAUUUCAGUCAUUAAAGAAAAAACAAUGUUGAAAAAUGCAGCAGAGCCAGAAAGAAAUCCAGAGAUUGAGAAGAGGAUCAUUGAGAUGCAAACAUUCCUUCUGGCCUACCUCACAGCUAAGAUGGAGAGCAACACCGCGAAGCUCAAUGCCGAGGCAGAGGCGAGGAUCAUGCAGGAGAUGGAGGAAGAAGAGGCGCUGUAUAAUGAGGUCCAGGAGAAGAAGCGUCACUACCUCCUCAUGGAGAAGGACAGGCUGGUGAAUGAGCGGCUCGAUUUACAGAUCGCUGCUCUGACUCCUGUGGCACAAACGGCCAAGCAGUUCACAAAUCACUACAAGUCUUUCGCCACAGCUGUUGACACCACCCGGCAUGAGCUCCCAGUGAAGAACUUCUACAUCGACGGGGACAGAAGAGAAUUUCUAGAUAAAGCUGAAGCUUGCCUGAAGGAGAGUGAGAAGUUGUUGAUGGAGUGCACAGAGGGAGAUCAGAAGGACAACAGCACUUCUCUAGCGUGCCUAAGGGACAUGAUCACGACAUCUAAGGACAUCAGUCAGCAGCUGUCAGGUACGUUUUCAGAGCUACUGGAGCUGUCAUCAUUGGUCUGUCGCCAUACAAUCCAUGUCCAGCAGGCCACGGAGGAAGAACAGCUUGGCCCUGCAAAAACCCACAAGCUCUUCUGCCCCAAACCAUGAAGGAUACCACACAGCAUGGGAUACACUGUACAUGCACAUUGGAUACCCCUCAACCCCAGAUUUGAACCCGGAUUGCAUGUAUUUGUACUUUUUGUGUCUUGUUUUUAUGUAUACUGUCUGUCUGAUUACCUUUGCAGAUGUAUUAUGAUAUUGUAAAUGUUGACUAAUGACUGAUACUGUUUUAUAGAUGGAAUAUUGUUAAUAAAUACAACAAAAAAUCAAAUUUAA